CUAUGAUACGUAUUGAGACUCUCAGACUAUGUGUUUUCAUUUUGAAUCGUGUUUUUGGUUAAUUAGGAUAUUGUAUCGAGUUUAGAUUUACUUAUGUAUAUCGUCAUCUUUUAAACUAUUAAAUAUACCAAUUAAAAUGCCGACACCCAUAAAUCAUGACGAAAGUGAGGAUUUGGUUGUGAAAGUAAAAGGCAAUGGAAAUCAUCCUAACAUUCCCAUCUUUAUGUACACGUUAACACUGCUUUCAGCAAUAGGAGGUUUUUUGUUUGGUUAUGAUACAGGAGUUGUUUCCGGAGCUAUGAUACUUUUGAGGGAUUAUUUUAGUUUGAAUCAUGUGUGGCAAGAACUUAUUGUUAGUAUAACAAUUGGAGGAGCUUGGGCAUUUUCUUUAGUAGCAGGUGUACUAUCAGACAAACUUGGAAGAAAACCAGUAAUAUUGAUAGCAAGUGUUGUUUUUACUGCUGGAGCCAUUGUAAUGGGGGUUUCAGUUACCAGAGGAAUGCUUAUAGUUGGACGUUUAACUGUUGGAAUUGGUAUAGGUUUGUCUUCAAUGAUUGUACCUAUGUACAUAGGUGAAGUUGCACCUUCUGAAAGACGAGGAACUUUGGUAACCCUGAAUACUUGUUUUAUAACCGGUGGUCAGCUUAUUGCUAGUAUUAUAGCUGGUGCUUUUAGCAAUGAUAAGAAAAAUGGUUGGAGGUACAUGUUAGGCCUUGCUGGGAUCCCAUCAUUCAUUCAGUUUUGUGGUUUCUUGUUUAUGCCUGAGUCUCCACGCUGGUUGAUCAAAAUGGAAAAGUAUGACAAGGCUGUUCAAGUAUUAAGAUCUAUACGAGGACAUUCUGUAGAUGUAGAGCCUGAAUUCCAAAGCAUUAAGAAUAGUAAUUUGGAGUAUGAAAGGGAACAAGCUGAAUUAGGAUCAAAGCCAAUCCUGUUUCAAGUGCUCCUGAAUCCAUUCAUCAGAAAUGCUCUAAUUGUGGGUUGCGCAUUACAGAUGUUUCAACAAAUUUCAGGCAUCAACACUGUAAUGUACUACAGUGCUACCAUCAUAGAAAUGUCAGGGAUAAAAAAUGAAACAACAGUAAUUUGGCUUGCAGCUGUGACAGCUGGAGUUAAUUUUAUUUGCACCUUCAUUGGACUAGCUUUAGUCGAGAGAUGUGGGCGUAGAUUGCUUGUUUUAUCAAGCUUAGGGGGUGUAACUACAAGUCUCUGUCUUUUUGCCAUUGGUUUCCAUUUAACUGAUGCUUAUUCACCAAGUUUGGAGUACCAUGAUCCGGUUGUUAAUGGGAGCAUUUGUUACACUUUCAAUUCAUGCUCUGAAUGUAUAGAUAGUGGUAAAUGUGGCUACUGUUUCAUGGACCUCUCAUCAGGGCCAGCCAAUGGCACAUGUCUUCUGGCUGACCCAGACAAAAUUAAUGUGGCAGUGAUGGGUUCUUGUAAUUCCACAACUUUACCUGAUCCUUUAACAUGGGCAGUUAACUGGUGCCCUUCCAAUUAUACUUGGGUCAUCUUUCUCAGCUUAGUGUUGUAUCUCUUUUUUUUUGCUUUUGGUUUAGGGCCCAUGCCUUGGACUAUUAAUGCUGAAAUCUAUCCACUGUGGGCUCGCAGUACUUGCUACUCAACUACUACCUCUGUGAACUGGUUUUUCAACAUGCUUAUAUCCAUGUCAUUCCUCACUUUUACUCAGGCCUUAACCAGAUAUGGGACAUUUUGGAUGUAUGCUAUCUUUGCCUUUAUUGGAUGGAUCUACUUCAUGCUAGUUCUCCCAGAAACCAAAGGCAGAAAUCUUGAGGAAGUAGAAUCACUUUUUAUAUCACCCUGGAAACGUAAAAAAGUCUCAAACCAGAACAGAGGUGUAACGUAUGCUAGGAUUCAUGGUUUUUAUCAUUCUUCUAGUUCUGAAGGUGAUUAAAUUUUUUGAAAAUUAGAAUGAAAAAAGAUCAUAUUACUAAAAAGUUAGUCUUCUUUAAAAGUAUCUGUAAAUGAGUGAAAUUUAUGUUUUAUUGACUUAGUUAUAAAAAAUUAUAUUUUUGAAUCAGAUUGCUACAUUGUUGUGUAUAUGUGUAUAUAUAUUAAGGAGCCUUGUUGUUUAACCCUGUGAAUAUUUUUUAGGUGUUGAGUGUACACCUGCAUAUAAAUUUUCAAAAUUGAAGUAAGAAUAAUAAUUCUAACUCUUAUUUCAUAAAUGUGUAACUCAAAACUUUUUAAGAGUUAAAAUGUAAUUUCACCUCUUCAUGUAGAAAUACUACUUUUCUCAUGGAUUUGCAUAUGAGAUUUACAUGCUACUGGCCUUGAGGUAGCUCCCACCUAAAUCCUCAUGUUUAGCCCUCCACAAAUGAGGAGGGGGGGGACUCAACUUCCAUGUGCAAUAACUUCCAUUUUGCAAUUGCACUCGUGAUAAUUUAAUAUUUUGUUGGCAUUGCAUUGAACAGGCAUGCUCAAAUUUCUUGUCUGAAUUCAAUUUAGUGAAAUUUUCAUUUAACAAAACUUUGAUUUUUACUUUAUAUAGUUUUUUUAAAAGCUUUAAUUUUUAUCAUGAAUUCUCAAGUGACAGUCCUGGGUGAGUGACAAUAUUAGAUACACACACAGUCCUUAUUUCUAUUAUGGCUUCUGGAAGUUCAUUAACUGUUGUGGACACUGCACCCUUUGUUCAAUGUCUUGUGGACUACCACACGCUUACUAGGCCUCCUACUCCCGUCCUUUCAAUCGACAUUUUUUUUACUUGGUCAUGAAUGGCCUAUUAGGUUAUGUAUUUAACCUGAUUCUGAUAUGAUACCUUACCAGGCUUUUCCAUUUUUGACAUAUAUGGACACCAUUAACAACAGAUCUAUGGGUCUUACAGGUGCUUUUAGAAGGUCUGGCUCUUUACUUCCAUUCCCUUCCUCGAUUGUCUUCUCAUCCUAUUGCCUUCCCCCAGUGUCUACAGGAGGCAGUUCAAGAGUUACUUCAGAAAGAGGCCAUAUAACGUGGGGAACAUUCUCAGCUGUGGUUUUGCUCCAGUUUGUUUGUUGUAACCAAUUGGUGACUGGUUAUAGAUUUCCUGGAUGUUCCCAAUUUCACAAUGGAGUCUUACUUAACCCUUCAGUGGGAUUUCACUCCCAGGUUGUGGACGACAAAGGACAAUGUGUCAGAUGCUUAUCUACACAUUCUCUUCUCUCAGGCAUCCCAGCAUUUCUUCCAUUUUGGUUAUCAGGGGCAUGUUUAUCAGUUUCAGGCUCUACCAUUUGGCCUGGCUUUGGCUACUUAUGCCUUCUGCUGAGUAGUAAGGACUGCUUCAUGCCAGAGGCCUUCGUUUCCACCAUUACAUGGAUGAUUGGCUACUUUUAGCUUCCUUUCAAGUUGUAUUUGCUGUUCAUACUCAGUUUUUCUUUCAGAAAUUGCCAGUCGUUUCUCACACCCACGCAAUAUUUGAUUCAUCUGGGUUACUUUUCAAUUCCCUCAUCAGCUGGGCCCAGUCUUCUCCCCUUUGUUUAUAAGAUAUGAAACGUCUCAUUCAAAGUCUUUCGGCCUCUUCCUCUUCUACUGCAUGAUAGACCCUAUCUCUUUUGGGUACAUGGGCUCCUCUCAAAGCCCUCAUUCUCCUUGGUUGUGCCCACAUGCAUCACCUUCAGUGGAUAUUACUCGACCAAUGGAGUCUCAUUCAGGAUCCCUUAGUUGCUCAGUUUCCUCAAUUGUCGGCUAUUGAACUGCAUUAUCUUGCAUGUUUAGAUUUACUAAACUUGUCUCUGCCUUCCAAACUUCUGUGCUGUCUUUGGUUAUUUCGUUCAUUUUCCCUUUCCCAUCCUCAUCACCCUAUCUCUCUCUCUCUUGGAUUGGAAUCUCAGCAUUAUCCUUCAUGCUUUCACUUGUACUCUGUUUGAACUUUUGUCUUUGUGUUCCCUGUAUCACCUUUCCUUCAAAUCCCUAUCACUCAUGUUAUUGGCUUGUGGCUGGUGGCAAACUGAGAUCUUUGCAUUUGAUAUUUGCCAUGUGCUGUUCUACAGUUCCUAUGUUCUCCCCUUCCCUGACCGCUCAUUUUUGCCUAAGAAUUCUGCUGCUAGGGAGUGUAAUUCCAAUUUUUCUCCCAUUUCACACAUUCAGGGGUCACAGUGGCCAUCAUAAAAAAUAUAGGAGGUUUUUUUUUAAAUUAGGAGAAAUUUAGGAGUUUUUUCUCAAAUGUAUAGGAAAUUACAGGGAAAAAACAUAAAUUUGAAAAUAAAAUAUAUUCCUACCUGAUUAGCACCACCCAUGUGACCCGUUUAACUUACCACUCUUGAGAUGAUAAUGGCGAAUCAUGGUUCACACCUUAAAAAAUAAAAAGCAUUUAUUAUUCAUACCAUCACAGAACAUUGGUUGUUCACUGAUACAUGUAUCACAUGAUAAUAAUUCUGUGACUAGUUCUUGUCACAAUUAAUAUUGUAAUGUUAAUUUUGCAAAUAAAGAACAAGUUACAAUAUCAUCAAAUGCAUCAUAUAAAAAUAAAAAUGACUAGAACAUACCCUGUUCAUAAUAAUAAUUCUAUGACUAGUAGUAGUUCUUGUCACAGUUUAUAUCAUAAUAAUUAUUUUGCAAAUAAAAGAACAAGUUACAAUAUCAAAAAUCAACAGAUGCAUUGUAGAAAAAUAAAAAUGACUAGAACAUACCAUGUUCAAUGAAAUUAUAUUCUACACUAUUCAUUUCUGUAUACUGGCGUAGUCAAUGUAACAAAAUUAUUAAUGUAGUGUAAAAACAAAAAUAAAUCCCAUGUACAAGUGCAUGACAACAAAAAUUACUAGAACAUAGCUUGAUCAGGAACUACUGAUGACAGAAUUGCAACUUAAAUACAUAUUAACCUGAGUAAGGCAGUGUUGCACCUCAAUAUUUGACUAUCUAAAAUUAGUACUAAACUGGAAGUUUAGGAAUCAGUCAGUUUAGUAUCUGUAGCUGGUGUCUGGUAUACUCUUAGUUUUUUGCUGUUUUUGUGUCUUUUGUUAUUUUUCCAUUAGCUUUCUCUUUUGUCCACACAAUUGUAUCUGUUCUUUGCUAACUCCUCCAGUAUCAGAUUGGCAGCAGCCAUUUUGGUCUUUGCUGUCAAUCAUUGCUUGUGCAAUGGAAAGUUGUGUCUUUAACAGCUUUAGCCAGCUUUUCACUUGAUUCUGCAAACAUAUUUUCAGCCACAGUAAGUGAUUGCAAACAUUCCCUUUCUCUGUCUCGUAUUAAUUCUUCCUUCAUCUUAAGAUCUUCCUUCUCUUGUGAUAUCUUUCUAUGCCUACUAGCCUCUUCUUCUGUCUCUGCCUUCUUCUUUUCAGCUUCUUUUUGCCUCUUAACCUUCUCCUCUCCCUCUGUUCAUUGAGUCUGCAUUGAUAACUUUCAUGUGCUUGAUGUUUUGCUGUGAUCAUACGUCUGGUUAUUGGUAGCUCAUG